CGCCCGCUGUCGAGGUUUCUGAGACGACUGGAGACGCAAAUCGACGUCACUGAACGUGAACACUUCCCUUUAGAUGACAACAGCGAGUGUAAAGGGACAGUGGGUCUAACCAGCCGCACUACACAGCAGUAAACUCUAUAGAAGACAGCGGGUAAACAAUUAGCUUAGCAAACAUAACGUGUCGUACGUAACUAAGGUUAGGUAGCUGAAGUUUGCUUCGUUUUUCCUCAUUGAGUGUGUUUACAGGUGUACACACAGCAUGCACUCUGGAUGGUCCACUUGUUUGUCCUACAGCCACGUACAUUAUAUGAUUAAGAUUUGAAGGCAGAUGUGGAUUGAGUGAAACUCUGUCAUCAAUCCCCCAAUACAUCCAUGUGUAUAAUCUUCUUCAAGUUUGACCCCCGGCCUGUAUCCAAAAAUGCCUACAGGCUGAUCUUGGCUGCAAACAGAGAUGAGUUCUACAUCAGGCCGUCCAAAGCUGCAGACUUCUGGGGGAGCAACAGUGAGAUCCUCAGCGGGCUCGACCUGGAAUGUGGUAGAGAAGGAGGAUCAUGGCUGGGGAUCAGCAAGCGGGGCAAGCUGGCUGCGAUCACCAACUACAUGGAAGGACGUGUCAACCCUGAUGUACAAGGAAGAGGAUUUCUCGUGUCGAACUUUCUUAUGGACAAAGAUCUUGACAGCUACUCUUACCUGAAGAAGGUGUCGACAGAAGGCCAUCUGUACAACGGCUUCAACCUCAUCACCGCAGAGUUCAAAGCCAAACAAGACACUGUGUGUUACUAUGGAAACAGAGGCAGCCCUGAACCCAUUCAUCUAAAACCAGCAGGAAUCUAUGGCUUAAGUAAUUCACUGCUGGAAACUCCGUGGAGGAAGCUGCUGCAAGGCAAACGCCACUUCACAAGCGCCGUCAGCGACCAGUCGCUGUCCUGCGAUGGACUGGUGCAAGAGCUGCUCAACGUCCUCAAUAAUGAGGAACUGAACACACCUGAUCCAAUUCAGGAGGGCCAGGGUAAUGGUUACAUCCAGGCUCAGACAGCAGUGUGUGUUCGCACCCCUCAUUAUGGCACAAGGACCAAUACAAUUAUCCUGAUAGACGCAGAAGGUAAUGUGACCUUCACAGAGCGCACCAUGCCCAACUGUGACACAAGUGUAUGGAGCACCAGUUCUUUCCAGUUCAAACUGCAGGUGUGAAGACAUGAUGGAGGAAACCCACUCUGUGCCUUUCUGCGUCACCUUUCCCCCCCCCCCCUCCUCAAGCUGCACCAAAGCAGCGGUGUGAACAUGAAGACUCUUCUGCACUUUUUCUUCAGCUAGUCGACUCUUAACUUCCUCAUCUUGAUUUAAGUUAAAAUGCAUCUUUUGAAAAUGUGUGCUAAUUUAAAAAGAUUGCCAAAGAACAUUUUGUAGAAAAUAUUUUACGUACAUUUCUUAAAAACAGCAGGGUUGGGUCGCUUUAAAAAAUGCUAAAAACGCAAUCAAUACUGUUAUGGAGAAGAUUAUUCUAUCUAAUUUAUUGUUGUUGGUAUCAUAUGUUUACCUUCGAACACAUGACACGGAGUGAACACUUUAUGCACAAUAUCCAGGCUGCAAUUUGAAAUUAUUUUCUGUUUCACCCGAUGGGAGAUCAUCGGGUCGACAGUGUUUUUCUAGAGAAUGUGGACUCUGAUUUAAAUCUACAAUAACUCUUUUUGAAUAUGUGAUUACUGUAAACCUUUAACAGGUAAUGCAUUCGUUAUGCCCCCAACCCAGCACAACAGGAGCCUCAGUGUUGCUUCCAACAACAGAUAACUGACUCUCUGACCACUAAAUGAUGUAUUUUACAGCUGCUUGACAAUAAAAACAAUUAAUCCAAAAACUCA